GGUAACAAGUUGAGAGGUCGUGUUAGCAAAACGGUAAGGCGGCUCUACUUUUGCUGUAGUCAUAGUAAGUAAAGGCACUCAAAGAAAGCUUGUCGUGGGCUAUUAUCUCGCGAAAAACAAGCGUCAGCUUUAAGGACUAGUAACGCAAUUGUUGCUAAGCUUUGCUAGUUAGCAAGCUGCUACUGGCUUGCUUAGCUACUUGCUAUGUCGCAACCAAGUGCUUGGACUUAUUGGAGCUAACAUAACUAGCUCACCUAACUGAAACUAACUUUGAUUCGGGAGGAGAAACACGGAAGAUGGCUUUGUCGGUGCGGGGCCUGUACUUUGUGGUGACCCUUUUUUUGGGUAGUUUUUUUGGAAGUGUCUUCAUGUUGGGUCCUUUUUUGCCCCUCAUGCUGCUGUCUCCUGCUUGGUACCGCUGGAUCACUGAUCGCAUCGUCGCUACCUGGCUCACCUUACCUGUGUCAUUGCUGGAGCUGGUAUUUGGGGUGAAGGUGGUGAUAACAGGUGAUGGCUUCAUUCCGGGGGAGCGAAGUGUGAUCAUUAUGAAUCACCGUACCCGCCUGGACUGGAUGUUUCUUUGGUGUUGUCUGCUCAGGUACAGCUACCUUCGUCUGGAGAAGAUCUGCCUCAAGGCUGCCCUGAAGGCUGUGCCUGGCUUUGGCUGGGCAAUGCAGGUGGCCUGCUUCGUCUUUAUUCAGCGCCGUUGGGAAGACGACAAGAAGCACAUGGGGAACAUGCUGGACUACUUCUGUGACAUCAGAGAGCCACUGCAACUGCUGCUGUUCCCGGAGGGCACAGACCUCACUGAAAAUACAAGAGCAAAGAGUGAUGCGUUUGCUGCCCAAAACAACCUGCCGAAAUUCGAGUAUGUGCUGCAUCCCCGCAGCACUGGAUUCACCUUCAUUGUGGACAGACUACGAAAAGGAGACAACCUGGAUGCCGUCCAUGAUAUUACUGUGGCAUACCCCAAGAACAUCCCUCAGACGGAACGCCACCUCAUCAUGGGGUUUUUCCCCCGUGAAAUCCACUUCCACGUCCGCCGCUACCCAGUGGCUUCCCUGCCCGACUCUUCCUCUGACCUGGAGUCUUGGUGUCGAGAGCGCUGGGCUGAGAAGGAGAUCCGUCUGCGGGACUUCUACUCAGGCCAGCCCCGGGCCUUUGAUAGGGACGGUGUUGCGCGUGUGCCACCUUGUAAGACGGAGCUGCGAGUGACUCUGAUCAAAGCUGCCUCGCUGCUGUACUGGAGCAGCUUCAUUGCUCUGUGCUUCACUGGCCUGUGGCUGUGGGCUCCAUUCAGGCUCUACUGCCUGGUCAUGGUUGGUGUGUAUAUGGCCCAGCAGAAGCUGAUUGGCGGGCUGGAGCUGCUGGAGUUGGCCUGCCAUCGAUACUGGAAGUCCAUGGCUGCCGACGCGGGUGAGAAGAGUAAGGGGCUGGAUGGAAAGGUGCUGUGAGGAUGGCUGACGGGGUUGGCUGACGGGGUUGGCUGGACAAUGAUAUGUUUCCACCUUUGCUCAGCAAGGAAACUGUGGACUCAGUUGUCUUGGCCUGUUCAGUCCAGAGGGCAAGAGGAUCCUUUUGAGGGACCCAAUGCUCCAUGCCAUAGAAAGGAAUGGGAGUAAUGAGUUCACUUCCUGACGGUAUGCAUGGUCUGAGUGGAGAGACCUUACCUUUCUUUUGAAGCAGAAAAAGAGGAAUGUUAUUUAGAGGUGUCUCUGUUGGAUUCAAGGAAUGUAUCACACACAAUGUGUCACUUUCCCUUUGUAUUCCUCUCCUUGUAUGAACUCUGUUAUUUAGCUUGCUGUCGGCGCAUUUUAUCAGUUUAUGUUGUCGGUGUUUAUUGUAGUUGUUCAGAACCUCAGUGUGGACAUGUGUCAUGAUGAAACAAUGCUGUUAGUAUUUGUUAUACUGUUGCCAUGUAUUUGUAACUGAUGUUAUUGUAUGCUCUGUGGCCAUUGGUUUUAUAUUAUUGUCAUGAAAUAUGGAGCUGAGCCAUAGUACAGACCACCUGUAUGACUUGACUCUAACCAACAUUCAAAUCAGCACUGUAGUUAGCUGGAUUAGACUGAUGGGACUAGUUCAAUGAAUCAGUUUUGAUUAGUAGUCACUAGCAAUGGAAUAACUAAGGAAUAUACAGGUAUAUAUGUGUACCAUGGUUUACCUUUUAUUGGGUAUGAUUACCUUUUUAUACAAAUUGGGGAAUGAGGUUUUCCCAGGAAGUCCUCAGAGAUAACGUCUGUGAUGAUGUUUAUUACUGUAUAGGUAGAACAUAGACUAUGUUAUUUUGCUUGUUUGCUCAAGUAGCUUUUGCACAUAAAAGCCAAAGGUGAGAAAAGCAGGCGUGAUUUUAAAAAGUAACCAAACAGAAUGUAGUCUGACUUUGUUAGGAAAGGGUAGCCUCAUCCGCCACUGGUAAGGUUACCCAAAGCUACGCUGAGGUAAGACUUGCAUUCAUCAAUUUAUCAGGAUCAAAGAUCUGACUGAGAUCCUAUGUCUGUAGAAGCAGAUGAGCUUUGUGCCCUUUCUGGGAAUGAAAGGGAUGCCUUGUAGAGGCAGGAUGUGGGUGGUGGUGCUGAGGUGGAAGAAUGUCCUGUUGGGACAACAUUACCCCUCAAUGUGCAGGGUGGCAUAGAGGACCAGACUUGGAGUGGAAAACUGGGCAUGAACUCAACCUAAUCCAAAAAAACCCUGUAAUGCCCACCUCUGCCUGUGUCCCUCUCUAGAGGACUGGCAUUGAUGCGCCUACUAAACUCAAUUAGCAAAUGACAGCUGAGAAAGCUACUCCAAUUGUGCCAAAAAAGGACAGAAAUUGAAACAAGAUUUGAAUGGCGCGUCAUCCACACUUUUAGCCACCGAUCUCUCCUUGCCACUCGAUACCAUUUCAAACUAUGUUAAUUCUGUGAGUCAGGAAACAUUUGUGUCUUAGACUAUAACACUUUCUGUAACACUGCAAUGUGGGAUCUAGAUGACCACUUCAACCCUAUUUUGUGAGACAAAUGUCUAUGACUGAUGUAUCGGUUUUUGUUUAUAUGAAUCUGAAGCCCCUGUAGUUUCAGUGUAAAGAGGCUGUUUCCAGUCACUGUGAUCCAGCUGUUAACAAUUUUAUCAUCAUCAGCAUGUAGUAGUUUACCAAACAUGGUACUAUAUCUGUUCCUUCAACCCUGAACCAGCCAGAAUCUCCAUGUAUUACUCUUUCACCUGUGCUGUUUUCUGUUGCUCAUGUUACAAUCACUUGCUGAUGCUGGACCUCUUCAAAGUCACUGUCCUCAGGUAAAUAAGAGUCUCUUACAGGAGGAAAUGUACAUCUAAAUAAAUAUACUAUAUCAACUCA